CGGCAGAAUCACACGAUGGAAGUUCCCUAUUUCACAUAGGUGGCCAUCUUCACCAUUGGACCGCAGGCCAAUGAUUCGAAAAUGCUGCGGAGCAAUGUGUCUGGGCUCUCAGUGGACGCUAGCCUUCCAGACCUGGUCAGGAACACCACAGUCUCUGUUCACGCGUCCACCUUUGCUUUGAUCAUGCAAACAGCCGGACCUCUAAAGAAGAGCAUGUCACUGCUGCUGUUUGACUCCGUCAUGAUGUCCCUUGGGCUGCUCUUCCUCGCCAUGUCCAUCGUGACCUUUGCCCUCUGCCAUCAGACCAUCUGGGUGAACAUAGCGCGCCUCAACCUCUGUGUGUGUCUGUUCUUCGCUCAGCUCAUAUUCCUGCUCACGCAAAACUACCUUCACCUAAUCCACCCUCACAAGGUGUUGUGCUGUGUGCUGUCCGGGCUGCUGCACUUCCUCUUCCUGUGUGCCUUCACCUGGAUGCACCUGGAGGCGGUGACGCUCCUCCUGCUGGUGCGCAAACUCAAGGAGCUGCGCGCCCACAGGGUGCACGCCCCCAACUGGGCCUACCUGCACCUGAUUGGCUACGGGGCUCCUCUCCUGCUGGUGGGCGUGGCUGCAGGAGUGAUGCCUGAUGGCUACGGCAGUAAGGAGUGCUGGCUGAAGGCAGACAGGGGAUUCAUGUGGAGUUUCGUCGGUCCUGUGAUCUUCAUCCUAAUAUGUAAUACCCUCCUCUUCCUCGGCAUCUUCAUCAGUCUGACCUGCACCCUGGCUGAAGCUAGCAAUGACCUCUACAAGAUUAAAGAGACCAGGGUGCUGGUACUCAAAAGCCUUUAUCAGUUCACUGCCCUUGGUUGCCCAUGGAUCCUGGGGCUCUUUGCAUCCAGGAGUGAGGUGCUGGAGGCACUCUUCCUACUCUUCACUUCCCAGCAAGGCACCUUCAUCUUCCUCAUCCACUGUGUGCUGAACCAAGGGGUCAGGCUUCUUAUUUUACGUGAAAUGCCUGGAAUCAAUCAACCAACCAAUCAAUCAAUCAAUCAAUCAAUCAAUCAAUCAAUAUAUCUAUCUAUCUAUCUAUCUAUCUAUCUAUCUGUCAUCCAUUACACAUACUGGUCAGGUAUCCUUCUUACUUCAAUUAAGCAAUCAAUCAUCAACUCAUCAUUGCCUUUUGUAAAGGCGGCAUGUAGUAUUAAUGCAUUUUUACACAUGCAUUUUUUAUAAAUAAGUUGUAAUUGCGUUUGUUCUCAGGUCCAACAGCAGUUACGAACAUGGGGGAAGAAACUACAGUCAUACUAUAAACAAGCUGUAUCAAGGGAGGACACAUAUGCAAUGUUUACCAUUAGCA